GAUUGGCUUCCCGGCCAGAUCCAAUUCCCCUCUCUGGGCAAGAAGCAGUUCUUAUACAGAUUGCCUGGGGUACUGCAUGCACACGCACACACCCACACCCACACCUUCUCCAACAACUUCUAGACUGAUCCUACAUGCAGGCUUUCAUUUCUCCUGUGGAGCUCCCUGCCUCUCUUGAUUAGCGGACCUUGGAAAUGUAGAGGGGCCUUUCGCCUGAGCUUCUGUCACAGAUGCUCUGAAUGAUAAAUGUCAGCAGCUCCACUGACUUCAGGAAAUGAGGCUCCCCCAAACACUUCUGCUUACUCUUCUGUUCCUGAGCUGCUUGGAAGGAACUCCUGGCAGGAAGAUCAAAGAGGGCAGUGAAAAAGCAAUGCCCUCCUCCCCCUGGGCACAGUCCGGACAGUUCUCUACCCGUGACAAACAUUUGUGUAGUUGGCAGCUGAUCUCCAGUGAAGAAGCCACCGAACUCCAGCUCAGCUGCCACCAGCCAGGAGAGGAGAGCAGCAAGAGGCAGCAAUGCAUCUAUCGGGGCCACCCAGAGCUGUGCACUGCCUACAGCUCCAAAGGCCGUCAAUUCUGGAAGCAGAUCCUGGGCAAGCUCCGCAAGAAGCCCCACCCAUGCCAGGACAGCAGUCCCCUCAAAUCCAGGCUUUGUACCAGCAAGAAGGGAACAUCAGAAGCACAGCUACACCUGGUACCCACCACUCCCAGCACUGAUGCCCUGGUGGCUACUGAGGGGACUGCUAAAGGCAGAUCCAAGGGGAAGGGCCGUGCCAAGGAACCACCAGCUCCACAGAAGCCACCUCAGGCACCCAAGGAUAGGGUGAUAAGCAGCCCACCAAAGGCGGAUGCCCCAGACAAGCGGCACAAAGGAGGGAAAAGGAAAGGAGGCCUCAGCUCCUCAGUGGCCCCAGCCCAGCCACCCAGUAGGUGGCCUACAGCAGUCACAGGAGGCACUGAGCAGCCCACAGAGCUCAAUGCAGACGUGGUAGAAGCCUACUGUGAAGAGAAGUGGCAUUCACUGUGUAACUUCUUUGUGAAUUUCUGGAAUGGCUGAACUUGGAGCAUUAGGAGAAGAAUGGGGUGCUGGUGGGGGAGGGGGUAAAGCAGGCAUGUACAGCAGAGAGUCUAGACAGGGAUAGGGUUGGAAGGAAUGAAGGCAAAUAUUGUGGGUUGGGAAUGGAUGAAGGUAGGAAUGAAGAGGGGCAAGUGGAAGGGAAAUGUUUGAGUGUAUGGACAAAGAUUUGGGACAGGAUGGGGUGGGGGACAGGAUGCAGCAGUGGGGCUUUAUGGGAUGUAUAACUUACUCAUUCCUACUAAACCUGCAGCAGCUGCUAAUCAAGAGACUGAGGGUAUACACUAGAAAACAUAGGUUAACAUGAAAGACAUAGCCUUCCUUUCAUGGUAGAUGAGCUCCAGCUGUUAAGUAAACCAUUCUGUUACAUCAGGUGGUUUCUUCCCUACCUGCAGUCGAGUAACUAAUUCUCAGUUAAUAAAAGAUAGCAGAAUUGUCCUGUCUAAAUUCACUCAUUUUCUUCUAUAUUCUCAGGUUAUUCUAUAUUUAGGAGAUCUCUAACAUUUGUACAAGUGUGUGGUGGGAUAGAUGCUACUGGGCAUAAUUAUUAGGUUAAU